AUGAUGUUUGCCGAUGAUGUGGUGUUGUGUGCGAGAGAGAAGCGUGAUCUGGAAGAAGAUCUGGAACAGUGGAGAUAUGCGCAGGAGAGAAGAGGAAUGAAGAUCUCAAGAUCAAAGACUGGGUACACGAGCCUGAAUGGGACAUCAACUGGGAGUGUGGAGAUGUUACAGAGGCAGUUACCAGAGACAGUUAAAUUUAAGUACCUGGGAAGUACACUUGAGACAGAUGGAGGAGUCGGGUCAGAAGUAAACCGAAUGAUUCGAUGUGGAUGCAACAACUGGAAGAUGUCUGGCGUCCUUUGCGACAAAAGCAUCUCGUGGAAGGUGAAAGGCAGGAUCCACAUGAUGGUAAUCCAACUGGCGAUGCUAUACGUAACCUCCGUUUUACUUCUAACCUGCUCUCGUCUGCCGGAACGCAGCUCUAUUGGGAGAUACACGCAACCACAGAUUAUAUCCAGCAAUCCUGUACACCAAGAUAUGGGGCAGAUACAAACACUAUGUAGAAAGUUAAUGCUCAUGAAUAAUCGUGUUACAAGUUCUGUUCUAGCGCCAACAGAACGCGUCACCAUUGAGCAAAGUAACGGCCGUACAUCCCUAUGCACAUUUACCAACGUGGGAGUGACUGCACAAAUAUUUUAUAUGGCUCUGAACACAAUCAGCUUGAGCGGUGGCGUGGCGGCUAGCCCUGGGUCAGUGGAGGAAGGAGUGGGCAAUGUUUGUGGUGACAGCGACAAGCGUUCUUUCUCUGUCACGCCCUCCGGCCAGCAGAAGGCCGAGAGAGGGCUGUUCACGGUGACAACAACUGGCGGUCUCUCCCACUCAGGCCGGUUCACGUCGCGAUCCACGCAGGCGGAAGCAUACGUCUCUUAG